UGCAGGUUCGUGUUGGCGUGAACGCAGUCAGAUCGUUGUGUGGUCUCGUGGUGGUGGUGGUCAGCAGAGUUGGUCUGCGGGCGAUUUGUGCCAGUACGUGAGUGAGUGUGUCUGUGCUAGUAGUGGCCGUGUCACGGGAUCGACUCUUCAUCGCUGCGAUUUUUGUAACAGAGUUUUGGCGCAGUAUCGAGGAGCAUCGCAGUCCGUGUAACGCGCCAGGACCGAUACGCCGCCGCCAGAUUUAGGUGACCACAGGGAGUGGAUGAUGGUAAAGGAGAAAAAGGACAGAUAGCAGUGUACAACAGAAGGCCAGCAUGACAUUCGAAUCCAUAGACCGGUUCUGCGGUUCGCCGUUUUGGGAUACCAACUUAACAUGGCACACAGAGGAUCCUGAUUUGACAGAUUGCUUCCAAAGGACUGUUCUUGUUUGGGUACCUUGUGUUUUUCUCUGGACUUUUUCUGCUUUGGAGACCUACUACCUGUUAAGCAGCAAAACAAGGAAUGUUCCAUGGAACUGGCUGAAUGCAACAAAACUAGUCAUUACAUUAAUUUUAGUUGUACUGACAGUCGCAGAUCUGGGGAAUGCAUUUCAUCUGAUUUCACUGAACGAGGAUGUGCAUCCAGUAGACAUAUUCGUUCCUAUAAUCAAAAUUAUGACAUUUUGCCUAGCUGGUGCUCUCCUCUUCUACAACCGUAAAAGAGGCAUGCGAACAUCGGGAUUGCUGUUCCUAUUCUGGUUACUCCUUGCAAUUUGUGGUGCAGUGCAGUACCGUGCACAGAUAGUAUUAACUUAUGAAAACACAUUUGAACCAGCAUUUUCAUUCAUUUCAUAUAUGAUAUAUUACCCUCUAAUAUUGGUGAUAUUAGUCCUGAGUUGUUUCGCCGAUGCCGCUCCAAGAUUCUCUGAAUAUCCUACGGUUGAGAAACCGUGUCCUGAAGGAAGUGCAUCAUUCCUCUCAAGAAUUCUCUAUACAUGGUUUGACAGGUUAGCUUGGAAAGGUUUCAGAAAGCCACUGGAAAUGAAAGAUUUGUGGAAUAUGAACCCAGAAGACACUGCUAGGGAAGUGCUCCCUCAAUUUGAUAAGCACUGGGAAAAGACUCUGCAAAAGACUGCUAAUGCUCGUGCUCCCAAAGCAUCAUUUCACAAAAAUGCUGCUAGCGUUGACUUUGUGGGAACACAAUCUAAAAAGAAAUACCAGGCAUCUAUCCUACCAGCUAUUUGCAAGGCAUUUGGUCCUACAUUUCUUUUUGGUGCGUGCCUCAAAUUCGUACAAGAUGUUCUCAUGUUUGCGAAUCCCCAGGUAUUGAAGUUGCUCAUCUCCUUCGUGGAAGGAAAUGAACCUAUGUGGAAGGGAUACACUUAUGCAGGUCUUAUGUUUGCAACAGCAGCAGUGCAAACACUGGUGCUGGCACAGUACUUUCAUCGUAUGUUCAUCGUUGGACUCCGUGUCAGAACUGCAGUGAUAGCAGCAGUUUACAGAAAAGCACUUCGCAUGUCAAACUCGGCAAGAAAGGAAUCAACAGUUGGAGAAAUUGUUAAUUUGAUGUCAGUGGAUGCCCAGAAACUAAUGGAUCUUACCACCUAUCUGAAUAUGAUUUGGUCUGCUCCUUUACAGAUCGCACUAGCCCUGUAUUUUCUCUGGGAUAUCUUAGGUCCAUCCGUGCUUGCUGGUCUCGCAGUCAUGAUAAUCAUGAUACCGCUUAAUGCCUAUGUAGCAAAUAGAGUAAAAACACUUCAGAUGCGUCAAAUGAAAUAUAAAGAUGAAAGGGUAAAACUUAUGAAUGAAGUCCUAAAUGGGAUGAAAGUUUUAAAACUGUAUGCUUGGGAGCCAUCAUUUGAACAAGAGGUUUCAAGAAUAAGAAAUAAAGAAAUCAAAGUACUGAAGCAAUUGGCAUAUCUCAAUGCAAUAACAUCAUUUAUAUGGUCCUGUGCUCCUUUCCUGGUAUCCCUAACAACCUUUGCCACAUAUAUUAUGUGGGAUGAGAAAAAUGUUCUGGAUCCCGAGAAGGCAUUUGUAUGCCUAACCCUGUUCAACAUGAUCCGUAUGCCCUUGACCAUGCUUCCUAUGUUAAUAGUGUUUGUCGUACAGGCAAAUGUGUCAAUAAAGAGAAUGAAUAAGUUCAUGAAUUGUGAAGAACUGGACCCCAAUAAUGUUACACAUGAUUAUUCUGACAAAUAUCCUCUUGUCAUGGAAAAUGGUACCUUCAGCUGGGGCCCUGAUGAAAGCCCAGUAUUAAGAAGCAUUAAUCUGCAAAUCAAACAGAGUUCAUUGGUAGCUGUUGUUGGAACUGUUGGUUCAGGAAAGAGUUCACUGGUUUCAGCAUUUCUUGGUGAAAUGGACAAAAUUACUGGCAGGGUUAACACCAAGGGUUCAAUUGCUUAUGUACCACAGCAGGCAUGGAUACAGAAUGCUACUUUGAAGGACAACAUUCUGUUUGGUAAAUCCUUAGAGCAGUCUUCAUACCUUCGAAUAGUAGAUGCAUGUGCGCUUAAACCUGAUCUUCAGAUGCUACCGGGUGGUGACCAGACAGAAAUUGGAGAAAAGGGUAUAAAUUUGAGUGGUGGUCAGAAACAGAGAGUCAGUUUGGCUAGAGCAGUUUAUAGCAAUGCUGAUAUAUAUUUUCUAGAUGAUCCUCUCAGUGCUGUUGAUAGUCAUGUUGGAAAGCACAUCUUUGAAAAUGUUAUUGGACCAACAGGAUUACUGAAAAAGAAGACACGAGUGCUGGUGACACACAGUAUAACAUUCCUGCCGGAGGUAGACCUCAUUGUAGUUCUUAAAGAUGGUGAAGUUACUGAGAUUGGUGCUUAUAAGGAGUUGCUUGAAAAGAAGGGUGCAUUUGCAGAGUUCCUUGUGCAGCAUCUUCAGGAGGCUGCCACAGAUGAAGGCGAUGGAGAGCUUGAAGAGAUCAAACAACAGUUGGAGACUACAAUUGGUGCUGAAGAACUAUCACAAAAAUUGAAGCGAGCAAGGUCACGAGUUUCAGAAAGUCACAGUGAUAGUGGCUCAAUUGGUGAUAAAAAUUCACUUUCAGUGUCAGGAUCAGUAUACAGGCAAAACUCAAUAGAGAGUAGCACUGAGAAGAGUAAUAGCCUUAAAAGAGCCAAUAGUGUUGAGAAGAAUAAUGUACUUGUUAAAUCAGUGCAGCCUGGGGAGAAGCUUAUAGAAAUUGAGAAAGCAGAAACAGGAAGUGUGAAAUGGGCAGUUUACUCACAUUAUCUGAAAUCUGUGGGCAUAUUUCUCUCAUUGGCCACAAUAUUAUUUAACUUCGUAUUUCAAGCAUUUUCAAUUGGUACUAACAUCUGGCUAUCUGUCUGGUCAAAUGAUGCUGAUUAUGUUGCUAACACUUCAGAUACAGCGAAGAGGGAUCUCUACUUAGGCGUAUACGGAGCACUGGGUUUUGGGCAAGUAAUCUUUUUACUCCUGUCAUCAUUGACUACAUUUAUUGGUGCUCUGAGUGCUGCCCAUAUCAUCCACUACAGUUUGCUUUCAAAUAUAAUGCGGACACCAUUAUCAUUUUUUGAUAUAACACCUGUCGGAAGGAUUAUAAAUAGAUUCUCUAAAGAUAUAGACACAUUGGAUACUGUUCUACCACAUAACAUAAGGGGUCUGGUGAACUGCUUUUUUGGGGUACUGGCAACCAUAGUUGUUAUCAGCUAUAGUACACCAAUAUUUAUGGUAGUUAUUAUACCAAUUGGAAUUUUAUACUAUUUUAUACAGCGUUUUUAUGUAGCAACGUCCAGACAGCUCAAACGUCUUGAAUCAAUUUCCAGAUCACCAAUAUAUUCUCAUUUUGGGGAAACAGUAACAGGUGCUUCAACCAUCCGAGCAUAUGGUGUGCAGCAGCGGUUCAUUCGAGAAAAUGAGAAUAAGGUGGAUGUGAAUCAAGUGUGUUAUUAUCCCAGCAUUAUUGCAAACAGGUGGCUUGCUGUCAGAUUAGAGAUGAUUGGCAAUUUAAUAAUACUAUUUUCAUCACUGUUUGCGGUCUUGGGUCGUGAUUCCAUAAAUGCUGGAAUAGUGGGACUGUCUGUCAGCUAUGCACUCCAGGUAACACAAACUCUAAACUGGUUGGUAAGAAUGACGUCAGAUGUAGAGACAAAUAUUGUGGCAGUGGAAAGAAUAAAAGAAUAUGGCGAAACUCCUCAGGAAGCACCGUGGGAAGUACCUGCAACACAACCACCUAAUGACUGGCCUUCAAAAGGGGAAGUGCAGUUCAAAGACUACAAAGUGCGCUACAGGGAGGGCCUCGAUUUGGUAUUGCAUGGAAUUACAUUCAGUGUGUCUGGAGGAGAAAAGGUGGGUAUAGUGGGCAGAACUGGAGCAGGCAAGUCUUCACUGACAUUAGCACUGUUCCGCAUCAUAGAACCAGCUGGUGGCUCGAUUGAAAUUGAUAAUGUCGAUGUAACCAAGCUGGGAUUACAUGCUCUGCGGUCACGUCUCACUAUCAUCCCUCAAGAUCCAGUUUUAUUUUCUGGGACAUUACGUCUCAAUCUCGAUCCUUUCAAGAAGCAUUCAGAUGAGGAGGUAUGGCGUGCACUUGAACAGGCUCAUUUGAAGGCUUUUGUGAAGGGUUGUGCUGCAGGCCUCAAUCACGAGGUUACUGAAGGUGGUGAAAAUCUCAGUGUUGGGCAACGCCAACUGGUUUGCUUGGCCAGAGCCCUACUGCGAAAGACAAAGGUGUUAAUUCUUGAUGAGGCUACGGCUGCUGUUGACCUUGAGACUGAUGAUUUGAUACAGCAAACAAUACGCACAGAAUUUGAACACUGCACAGUCCUGACAAUCGCUCACAGGUUAAACACAAUCAUGGACUACAACAGAAUUAUUGUUUUAGACAAAGGAAAAGUUGUAGAAUUUGAUUCACCUCAGUCACUGUUAGAGAACAGGACAUCCAUCUUCUACAGCAUGGCUAAAGAUGCAGGCUUAGCAUGAGUUCACUAAACAAGAAUUAUUGAGGAGAAGAAGAGAGAAAUGUGUUCCUCCAAUUCAUAACGUGCAUCAUAUCCAACUGCAUCUUUCAAGAGAAGCAUGGUUAGCAGCAAACCAUGAUGACUUCCAGAAGAAAGCAUUUAAGCACACAAAUAUACUAUGUUGACAGUAUUGUUGUUUGUUUUUGUUCAGGAUACAGAAAACAGUACAAAAUCAGGAAUCAGAGAUGCUACUUGGUAUCCAUCAUUUCUCUUCAUAAGUGUAAAUUAUUAUUUAAUCUUAUGCUGUACAGGAUUUUUAACGGAAAAACUUAUCACGAUUGUCAAGAAACGAGCCCUUUUUCUCAGGUUCAUCACAGCACAUUAUUUUUUUUAAAAAAAAUUUCUUUAAUCAGUUGCUCGAUUCUCCACUUCAGCACAUAUUUUUGAGAGCAAUGUUUCUAAUAUCAAAAGUUAAUGUUUUUUACAAUGAUAUCAUUUCCAUUGCGAUUUAAACUUUUAACAUCCUUUGUACAAGAUGCCUUUGUUUUGAUUUUCUUUUAUAUUUAUGAUUCGUUGAUUCAUUUACGAACACACCUCUUGGAACUGGUCCUCGUUAUUUUAAUGCCAUCUCCUCUUUUGUCAUUGAUUUUUGUGAUGUAAGCAAAUAUUUCUAUUUUUUUAUGGUUGCAGUGGCAAUAGGAGGUGAUGUCGAAUUUACUUUCAGUACUUAAAUUCCAGUGCGCAUCCAAAGCAGUAAAAUGGCACUGUACUUCAUUGUUUUACACAUUUGGACAGUUAAUUGAUUCAUUCCAUAGUUCAUUGUAGUGAGCAAUUACAACAUUGGAAAGUGUAAUUGCUCAUUUCCAUAAUGAAGUGAAACAAAAAUGUGAAAGCUUGUUGCUGUAUGACUGUGCUGCUGUGCCAGAUAAGAUUCAUAAUCAUCUCCCAUUUUUUAUUGUAGUACUUAUUACAAUUGUACUUAUUUAUUUUGUGUUCAUCAGUGUUAGUUUUGCCAGAGACACAUUACAUCACAGGACAUUUGUGUAAAUGUACAUGAAUUAUUAUUAUUAUUACUAUUAUUAUUCCUGUCAGGCAGUCAUAGUGAACAUAUAUUUGUGAUGUAUGUUGUGUGCUUGAAGAGUAAAACUGUAUUCUUUGGUGUGUCAGAAGGAAACAAGUGCCUGCUGCAUGUGAUACAGUGUGUUUGUGACAAGAUUUUGUCAUGAAAUUGUGAUAGACCAUGUACUUCAUAAACUGCCUUAAAGGAAUGCCAGUAAAUUGUGAUAUCUGAAA